AUGGUCCGCUACAUGUUCCUCACCCCUCCCCACAAGGUCGGUCUGGCUUAUCGAUGGAUGAUGUUUGCGCCAGAUGGUGAAACCAUUGACAAGUGGUGGCGCGAAGUUUCUGAAUCAUCGCAGGCGAACCAAGUCAAACGAAUUUCUCCAGACUUCUACAGCCUCACCGCUUUUGUAGCGACCCCAAACAAUAUGUUUGAGACGCCUUGGAAACUUGGUCCGUCAAUGGAUGCGGAAACAUCAUGGUUUCUGAUCUCUAAUAUGGACACCAGGCUCGCCAUGCCGUAUGUCCAACCUUCAAGGGUUGACGUUCGCAGCGGUGACUCAUACUACAUCCGAUCAAAGUCGCGACCAGACUACUUCUGGACUGUGGCACCGUAUAGCUCUUACACGCUGUUUGACGAGUCCCACGACAAAUCUCUCGCCGAUGGAAAGCAGCCGAUGAUCUGGGCCAACGACAAGAGUCGAACUCGUUUCAUCAUCCAUCGUGAUGGCCAGUCGGGAACCAGCAACAAGGGAACUGUCAUUAUCGACAGUGAUCCCGUUACUUUGACUGCUGCCAUCGGAAACCACUCCCAGCACGUCAGCGUUAACAACCACAACAUGCUGAUCCUUGGGGGUGAUAGCGGUCGUCUGUACUACGGCCAGCUCAAAGACCGAUUCCUUGCUCAAAGCGGCAAUCUCAACUACAGCGCUGCCAUAGUCACUGAAAACACUGAUGCUGGCGAGGAAUGGGAGUUUGUCAAGUGA